AGCUGUUAUCUUGUGUGGCUUAUUUUGCGUGGCUAGAGUUCAGUGAUUUACACUUCCUCUGCUGGCGCAUAAGCAUAUUUUAGGUUUCGGGGCAUGCCUAUAAACGAACAAUUUAUGCUUGGCACUUGUCAUGUGGGCAACGUAGGCAGCUAUAUAUAUUGCUUAUUGUUCUGUUUUUUUUUCAUUGCUUUUAAAUGUUCAAUGCGUUUAAACUUAAUGCCUCUAAACAAACCUCUCAUACUGCACGAUUGCCAUGUGUCCCACACAACCAGGUCGACAUUUUGAAAGCACUGUUACCGGCCAACGCCCUCUUUGCUAUUUUUCGCCCUGGGCCGCGUACGUUUGCUGUUUUCAAGGCCUUUAUUACCAAGACCCGUCAGGUGCUACGCCUGCUGCAGCCCUGGGAUUGCGGUUUUUAAAUGCGCUUCUCCAAACUAUUUCAUAUCAUUCGCUGUAGGUCUGCGGUGGAAGGAAGGUCGCACGCACACUUGGUCUGAGUCAUGACCAUCACUCUGUAUAAUAUAAUUGGCAGUCCGCCCUGCAACUUUGUACGCACACUCGCAAAGCAUUUGGACAUAGAUGUGAAGCUCAAGAAUUUGGACUACAUCAACAAGGAGCAGUUUAGGGAGGAAUACCUCAAGAUCAAUCCAUUCCACAAAGUUCCUGCGAUUGACGAUGAAGGUUUUAUCGUCUAUGAAAGCAAUGCCAUUGCCUACUACUUGCUCCGCAAGUACGCCCCCGAUUCGGAGCUCUACCCGGCUUGCAUCAAGACUCGCACCCACAUCGACCAGAUUCUUUCAUCACUUGUCACUACAAUCCACAGUGCAUCCGGAGUGUUCAUCGCUCCUCGAGUCUAUCAGAAGACCAAGCCGACGACUGAGGAGAUUACGACAUUUGAACAGAAUGUGCUCCGAGGGCUAGAACACCUCAUCGGUGAGGGCAAGUUCGCGGUUGGGGACACCUUCACCCUCGCCGACAUGGCCUUGACAGCACGCAUAAUUGUGCCCCUUGAGAACAAGUUCGUGGACCAUUCCAAGUUUCCCAAGCUGACAAGCUACUACGAGCGUGUCAAGCGCGAGCAGCCUUACUUUGAGGAAAUUUACAGGCCAGCCAUAAACAGCUUCAAGCAGAUGUUCGAUAACCUAAAGUAGCUUUAGAAGUGGCAAUAAAAAAACCAGAAGGAUGUUGUAGGAAUACAUUUUCUUGUUUAUAAAAAGGUAUUUAGUUUUCAA